AUGCGAUAUAAAAUUGCAUCAGUAACAUUUCUCGCCUGCUUCCUAGUUUAUCUUUGUGAUGGCGUCCGAAUUCCACCUAAUCCUUGCGAACACAUAUUUAGGUAUUACAAAGACAAAAACGGGAGGAUAUAUGGUGAAGCCACCAUUCCCUAUGACAAUGCAACCUCCAUGACUUUCGGCGUAAACGCCUCGUUGGCUGGUCGUUUCAAUAAAGCUGAUUUGAAAUUGAAACUGGUUACGACAGUUAAGCAGUUGAACGAUUUUGCUCCUUUCGUAGUUUACAACAUAUUUUUCCCAUUUCAAGACACGAUACCAAAAAUUACCGGUAUUACUUACAACAGAAGGUCCUAUUGCAGCGGCCCGCCUGAACCCUUGAUAGCCGGUACGCCUGGAGUAACAAGUGUUUGGCAUCAGCUAUACUUCGAGUUCACUAGGGUGUUCAACAGGCAGGACACAAAUCCGGAGCGGACGGAUGAUGGAUUGGCUUCCAAAGAACCCGGAGUGCCCGAUUUCGUACCCUGGCGGGAGCCUACUACUUCCUCUACAACAACUACAACGGAAAGUCCGUUCCAAUUCCACAACCAGCAUUUGGUUCCACCUAGAAAUGAUACUUAUUAUACGCCGGAACCUCCGAUUCGACAGCCAACUCCACAGACUCCCCUGCAACAGACUCCCGUGAGUCCUACUCCACAGACCGGACCAGAAAAGGUUCCUAUAGAUAUCGACUUUAUUCAAAGCCUAUUUACGCCUUCUCCUCCUACCACGUCAGCCAAAAAAUGCGGAAUGACUAUGAAUCAACCAACUGGCAAUUCUAUCGUACCGUUGAUAUACAAUGGUGAAUUCGCCGAAAUAGGCGAUUUCCCUUGGUUGGUGGCUUUCAUGGAGAAAAGAAAUUCGACAUUCGAGUACACUUGCUCGGGUAAUUUGAUCACCGAAAAGCAUGUAAUUACAGCUGCCCGUUGCAUAAUGUUCUACGGGGUUCAAAUCGUUAAAAACGAGGACAUAAUGUUGGUGAUGGGCACCAACAACCUACUGAACUGGAGGAGCAGCAAAGCAGUACACAGAAAAGUAGUUAACUCCGUGGCUCAUCCUUCUUUCCAAGAUUAUCCAGACUCUGCACACGGUGAUAUCGCCGUUUUAACCAUGGAUCGUACGGUGCGCUUUACGAACGCCUUGUCUCCGAUAUGCCUGUGGAGCUCCAGCACGAACAUCGACGAAUACACCAAAGAAACGGGUGUAGUGGCGGGUUACGGGCAAGACGAAGAUGCUCGAAGAAACGGGCAGCUCCACGCGGUGAGAUUGAAGAGAGCCAACAUGCCCAUUAUAUCCCAAAGGGAAUGUUACAACAGUCCCGUGGGAUUCGACAGCGUUGUGUCCGACAUGACGUUUUGUACAAAAAGCGGUGAGACUGCCACUGGUCCUUGCAUAGGCGACAGUGGAGCCGGGUUCUUCGUGAAAUUGGGAGGUGUAUAUUAUUUGAGAGGUAUAGCAUCGAUAAUUUCGAGCGAAAAUGGCACGUGCGAUCUAUCCAACCAAUACAUCGUAUUUUGCGAUGUCGCUAAAUUUGUUAAUUGGAUUAAAAAUGAAAUAGAAACUUAA